AUGUCCGAACCACACAGCAACUUCAACUCCCCCAUCGUCCCCGUCGACUCCCACCCCGCCACCCACCCCGACCUCCCCGACCUCAUCGCCAAAUACGGCUCAUCCACCUCGACUGCGUGGCUCGAAACUGACCGCUACUCCCUCUGGUCUCCCUCCCACCCCAUACACCAAUCAGAGUUUACCCCAGUUCAGGGUUAUCUACACAAGCAUGGCUGGCUCUUUGCCUGGGGCUCCCCUCUCGUAUCUCACCCCUCGGCACUCAAACCCACCGUAGACGCGUUCCUCACCUGGGUGCAGAGUCUGCAGAUCGAGCUCAAGCCGGUCUGGUGUUGCGUCGACUCUCGCCUAGAAGCACUGCUCGCUGAUAUGGGCUGGGCGACCGUUAGCUGUAUCAGCGAGGACGUCGUCGACCCAGAACACCUUUGGGAGCUCACAAGCGAUGACGCAAAGGGCAAAGAGGGUGGGGCAUCGGUCGUGAAAGACCUCAAGAAGAAUCUCAGGCGUGCAGACAAGGACAAUGUCAUCGUGGAGGAGAUGCAGAAAGAGACCUGGUCGCACGAGGAUAAGAGCGAGGUAGACAAGGGCGUCGAGGCAUGGAAGAAGUCGAGAUCAGGCAUUCAGAUCGCUUCAACUUCCUUCCUUCCAUGGCUUGACUAUCAGCACCGCCGCUAUUGGGUAGCCAGGCAGGACGGAAAGCCCGUCGGUCUCCUCAUUCUCACCCCCGUGAAAUCCCACUACGUCAUCAAAAACGCCGUCUCCUUCCCCAAGGCACCCAAAGGCACCUCCGAAGCGCUCAUACACUCCGCGCUCCGGGCCAUAAACGAGGAGAGCAGGGCUUCGACCCAAGGCGUCGACCGCCACAGUCCCGGUGCUAAUGGUAAUACGAAUGUGAAUCAUAGUAGGGAGAGCGACGCGACGCAGUUCGACGGCAGUAGCAGCGAGAACGAGAACGAGAAUGGAAAGGUGGAAGUGACGUUUAGCAUCAGUGCAGCGCCCUCGCUCGAUCCUGUCAAGAACGUGUCGGGCUGGAAGUUUACGUGGCUAAACAAGACGUACAAGAAGGUAUCUGAGUCAUCGGGACUGUUCAAGAGGGGUGAUUUUAGGAGCAAAUUCCAUGGCGCGCAUGAGCCCAUGUUUGUAUGUUACCCCACUGAAGACGGUUUCGGCCUUGACGGCAUCGAGACGCUCUUGAGGGUGCUCAGGAAGUAGGACGUAGGCAGUCACGUCCUCGCGUCCAGUUGUCAGUUUUCAACUGUCGACGUUUGAACUCUUGAAGCAAACUAUCCAAGACACGGAGCGGAGGGAGUGUGGAACGUCCCGGCAUCUCAUCUCAAGAGUAAGUUGUAUGGCGCGUACGAGUAUAUCAUAGACGAAGAAGUGUUUUUGCGUUUGAUGUCGAUGUCGAUAUUAUCGAUAUCCAGAGUGGGGCCCUCGUCAUCGUAGAGCAUUCAUAAUUGUAGGAAUGGCAUCUGAUUUAUGUGUAGCUUUGGAUUGUAUUUGUAUAGCCCUUGUUGAGUUGUCUUAUAUAGAGUUGCGAUUUCGUCAAAGUGUUACAUGUGUAGGCUACAAAUUAAAUGUUUAAUCGGUACUGAGGUCUCCCUCCACAUAAAACGCCAACACCGCCACAUCCAUCGCGAUAUCUUCAUCGCUGGGUUUCCCGCAAUAAAAUGAAUUAGCUUCGGCGUGGGGAGGCCCUUCUCCCCCCCCCUUCUUUUUUUUUUGAGCCGACAGGCUCGUGGGCCUCAGGGAAAGGAGUGUCGGUGGAACCUUGACGACGACGUCUACCUCGUCGUUGUCUUUCGCCAAGUGUAUAAUAUGGCGGCGCAUAAGCGUUGAAAACUGGAAUGGCGCCUUGGGGGACAGGUGUCGAGGAAGAAGCUAAUAAGAAUGGUAUGUGAGCUGAAUGUGUGCAUGGGGGAGAUGGGAUGACGUCACGUUGCGUCACCGAGGGCGCGUCGGUUCGCGGGUUCAUACGAUGUGCCAGCCAAA